GCCACUGUCAACCAUGAAGCUCCCUCCGAGCUGCCGCCUGCUCCUGCUGCCGGUGGCCGCGGCGCUGACCCUGCUGGCCCUGCACGCCCGGCACUCGCUGCCCCCUCCCAGCACCACCGCCCCCCCCAGCCCGACCCCGCGCCCCGGCAACGCCACGGAGCCGCCGCGGCCGCCGCGGCACCCGCUGCAGCCGCCGUACCCGUACCCCUACCGCUUCCUGCUGAACCACCCCGACAAGUGCCGGGAGCGGGCGCCGUUCCUGGUGCUGCUGGUGGUGACGUCCCCGGCCGACCUGGCCGCGCGCGACGCCGUGCGCCGCACCUGGGGCGACGAGAGCGCCGUGCCGGGGCUGACGGUGCUGCGGCUCUUCCUGCUCGGCGUGCACCCCGUGUUCGGCGCCGAGCUGCGCCCCGUGCUGCAGGAGGAGGACGCGCUGCACGGGGACCUCCUGCAGCAGGACUUCCUGGACACCUACAACAACCUCACGCUCAAGACGCUGAUGGGGCUGGAGUGGGUGAGCCGCUUCUGCCCCAACGCCAGCUACGUGAUGAAGGCCGACCACGACGUCUUCCUCAACCUGGAGUACCUGGCGGGGCUGCUGCGGCCGCCCAGGACCGACUUCCUGACGGGCUACGUGUACCGCUGGACCGGGCCGCUGCGGAACCGCGCCUACAAGUGGUUCGUGCCGCGCGAGGUGUACCCCAACGACACCUACCCGCCCUACUGCGGCGGGCCGGCCUACGUGCUCUCGGGGGACCUGGCGCUGCGCGUCUUCGGCGUGGCGCAGACGCUGCCCGUCAUCAACAUGGAGGACGCCUUCGUGGGCAUCUGCCUGCACGCGCUGGGCGUGGCCGUCACCGACCCGCCGCCCGGCGCCUUCACCAUGUACCGGCUGGACUACGACAGGUGCCGCUUCUCCCGGCUCGUCAUGGUGCACCACUAUGGGCCCCGGGAGCUGCUCCGGGUGUGGCCGCACUUCCGCAACGCGUCCGUCAAGUGUCCCUAGGGCGGGGACGCGCCGGGCUCUGCCCGGCGUCCCCUUUCCGCUGGCUGUCACUGGGAGCCGCUGGUUGUAACUGGGAUCUCGCGGUGUCACUGGGAUCCAGACUGUAACUGGGAUCCACUGGCUGUAACUGGGAUCUCGCGGUGUCACUGGGAUCCACUGACUGUAACUGUCAUCCACUGGCUGUAACUGGGAUCUCACGGUGUCACUGGGAUCCAGACUGUAACUGGGAUCCACUGGCUGUAACUGGGAUCUCGCGGUGUCACUGGGAUCCACUGACUGUAACUGGCAUCCACUGGCUGUAACUGGGAUCUCGCGGUGUCACUGGGAUCCACUGACUGUAACUGGGAUCUCGCGGUGUCACUGGGAUCCACUGACUGUAACUGGCAUCCACUGGCUGUAACUGGGAUCUCGCGGUGUUACCGGGAUCCACUGGCUGUAACUGGCAUCCACUGGCUGUAACUGGGAUCUCGCGGUGUCACUGGGAUCCACUGACUGUAACUGGGAUCCACUGACUGUAACUGGGAUCCAGACUGUAACUGGGAUCUCGCGGUGUCACUGGGAUCCACUGACUGUAACUGGCAUCCACUGGCUGUAACUGGGAUCUCGCGGUGUCACUGGGAUCCACUGACUGUAACUGGCAUCCACUGGCUGUAACUGGGAUCUCGCGGUGUUACCGGGAUCCACUGGCUGUAACUGGCAUCCACUGGCUGUAACUGGGAUCUCGCGGUGUCACUGGGAUCCACUGACUGUAACUGGGAUCCACUGACUGUAACUGGGAUCCAGACUGUAACUGGGAUCUCGCGGUGUCACUGGGAUCCACUGACUGUAACUGGCAUCCACUGGCUGUAACUGGGAUCUCGCGGUGUCACUGGGAUCCACUGACUGUAACUGGCAUCCACUGGCUGUAACUGGGAUCUCGCGGUGUCACUGGGAUCCACUGACUGUAACUGGCAUCCACUGGCUGUAACUGGAAUCUCGCAGUGUUACCGGGAUCCACUGACUGUAACUAGGAUCUGCCGGUGUCACUGGGAUCUCCCAGUGUCACUGGGAUCCAGACUGUAACUGGGAUCUCUCGGUGUCACUGGGAUCCACUGGCUGUAACUGGGAUCUCUCGGUGUCAGUGGGAUCCACUGGCUGUAACUGGGAUCUCCCAGUGUCACUGGGAACCACUGGUGUUACCAGGAUCCACUAGCUGUAGCUGAGAUCCACUGACUGUAAAUGGGAUCCACUGGUGUCACUGGGAUCCACUGGCUGUAACUGGGAUCCCCUGGUGCUGUCCCUGGAGCAGCUGCUGCACCUCGGGGUCCCCCCGAGGCCGUUCCUGUCCCUCUGAGCCGCCGGAGCAGCUGCUCCAUCCAUUCACCGAGUCGCCGUUUGGUUAUCGAGGAUCCAUCAGGGCCGGGAUCCGCCCGGAUCUGGGAUCUGCCUCGCCGCGUUAACUUAUAUCCAAUGUUUUUAAUAAAAGGCCUGGAGCCUCGUCUGUG